AGAUCGUCCUUUGUAUCUUCAUGUUCAGGGCCAGACACGGGAGUUGGUUGACAGAGCUGUUAACAGGAUCAAAGAGAUCAUCACCAACGGCGUGGUGAAGGCGGCCACGGGCUCCAGCCCCACCUUCAACGGGGCCACAGUCACUGUGUAUCACCAGCCAGCCCCCAUGCAGUUGAUGCCUCCACCAGCUUUUCCUGUCACUGGAAUGAAAUCGGAAUCGGAAGAAAGAAAAGGUGCGGGGUCUUUGCCAGGCAGCCAUGAUCAUCAAGCCAAGAAGAUGAAAACUGCAGAGAAGGGCUUUGGAUUAGUGGCCUAUGCUGGAGAUUCUUCAGAUGAAGAGGAGGAACACGGUGGCCAUAAAAACGCAAGUACUUUUUCACAGGGCUGGAGUUUGGGGUACCAGUACCCAUCCUCACAACAACGAGCUAAACAACAGAUGCCUUUCUGGAUGGCACCAUAAAAACAAAACAAAAAACCCAAAAAACUGCACAAGAGUUUUCAUUCAUCUGGUUUUCUCCCCCCCUCUAGCAAUAAUGCAUGUAUAUUCCAGAAUGAACUUGGCAAAGAGGCGUUGUUUUUACAUUCGCAGAAAAGGCAAUUUCCCCUCGGAAGGGCUCCAUUGUUUUUUAAAGAAAUCUUCAUUUUUGGCAGUGUAUUUGUCAAUUUUAAAAAGGAGUAUUUGGAGCAGCAUCCUGACUGGCCUAGUCCCUUGUAAAGAGGAACCAGGGAAGCCUCUUGGGCCACAUUUUCAGUUCCUCCCAGAUAAAGGGAAGAGUCAGUGCCACUGACUUCACUUUGCAUUUUUGGAGUGAUCUGCUGGUGACUCAGCCUCAAUUUUGGAUUUUCACCAGAGGGAAGAAACACCCAACAGUCAUGAAAAACUUGAGCAUCACGUUUGGAAAACUCUUGGUUUUAUUUCAGACAUCUCCUGUAACUCAGCUUGGUUUUAUUUUGAAAUGUGACUUUACCAAUCCCGCAAGUUCUCAUUGUGGCCAGAUGUUGGGCUGGGGGAUGCUCAGGUUUUUGGAUAGGUCCACUUUGCUCCAGGUGGACUUGGCACUGUAGAGCCCUAGUUCUGAAUUGUUUCCAGGACUCCAAGUCAGCAGGAAUUCCAUUUCCAGAGGCUCAGCCCCAUCUCCUCCCUCACUCACCGGAUUCCACCAGAGCCAGAAGGUUCCACAGUGGUUUCCCAAAGGGCAGCAGCUCCUGCCUCACGUGCAGAACCUGGGAAUGAGUUUUUGGACUUGUUUUUGGAGUGUUUUGGACACGAACUGAGUGGGGUGGGCUGCUGCAGCCAGAACUCCUGCAUGGAGCAGACACAGGGACUGCUCCAAGGCAGCUUUUGGGACAGGAGUUUUGAGAAGGGGCUGUGUCACUGCUGCACCAGGGAUGCCUCACCUGUACAAACCUCGGCUUCCCCAUGUGUUGUAAAUAAUUAGAACCAUACUUUCAUUAUAAAUAAAUGUAUAAAUAUUC